AGUGUGAAUGCACAGUUUUCCAGUGGACUUGGGGGCACCUUUGGGAAGAAUGACCUGAGCUUUACGCAGCUCGGGACGGGGGAGGCCUCUGUGAGACUCAAUGAGGAAAAUUACAUAUUUAAAGCUGCCCUGUGCACUGCGGACAUGGGGUCGAUGAAUGCCCUCUUUAGAAUGGGCACAAAGGAGAGCAACUGCUACGUCCGAGGCAUUACAAAUUUAGAUACUGCCGAAGUGGGUCUCUUCGGCGGCGCAGCAUUGCGUACACAUCAAUACGCUUUCAACUUCGAGAUCGACGCUCUCAAUCCGUCGCACAAAAUAAACGCCACGGGCGUAUACAGAGUGGGAGAGAACAUUACAAUAGGAGCGAGGUACCGGACUGUUGCGGGUGCCGUAGGCCCACAGACCAAGCAAGUCCUGGACACCAAGCUCUCUCUGAGGAACGAAUCACUUGACAGUGUAAACGCACAGCCGCAGGACUAUGAAAUCACCGCGAGUGUGCUGGACAACGGGACCACACUCAGUACGGCUUACUUAUACAACAUGAUGAUGCCGAUCGGCGGUCGGCUACACCGGUUUUCCAUGGGUGGGGAAUUUGUUCGGCACGGCACAGAGAAUGUACUGGUGGAAACUAAGGCGCGCAUGGGACUAACGGCGCCUCGAGUACCGUCACGUUUACUGCCCAGGUCGCCUGAACCACCGAGAUCUCCGCGCCCGGCAAGUUGGGCUCCAGGCACCAAAGGUUAUGAAAGACAACUACGGAGUAGCAGUGCAGCGCCAAACAAAGACGCAGGGUCGGGAAGUACCAGCAUGAGGCCGCGUUCUGAGUCUGCGGCUGUGGAACCGCGAGAGCUCCAACAUAACCAGUACGUAUCGAGGACUAAUCCGAGCUCCCAUCAUCUGACUGCUGGUGUAUCUUGGCAACCCAGUGAAGCUAUUAUGAUCAAGUUGCGAGCAGACCAGGCGACAAAUGUGGGGGUCCUCCUCGCGCUGAAAACUUGGGCCAGAAACGGACCAAACGUCACGGUCGCUCUGUCUAUGAGGGUCAACGCCCAGAAUCCGAACGCAUACCGAGCGGGAAUGUUUGUCGACUUUCAUAACUAAGUAUGUCAGGGAAGAUGGUUGGUUAUAACAUCGGCAUGAAUUUGACGCAACAUUUUGCGUGGCAAGCAGUGUAACGCGUACGAGUGUACACUUGCAUGACAGAUACGCAUAGCUCAGGCAGCCCAGCUCCAGAAUAUGCGGGAUGCUGUAUUCUGCAUGCAUAGCAUAGUGGUACGUGAGGGCCAUUUUGAUACACCUGUAAUGAUGAAAGGUCCAUUGCGAGUUGCGAAGUUCUUGUUGAGAGGGUACUCCAGACCCAGAAUCCGUAGCCCUAGACCAUCCUAUCAGGCGUGCACCGAAUUGCAAGGUCGGAAUCAGUUGAAGGACCAAAUUUCACCUGAAAAUGAGUAGAGCACUGAAUUUCGAUGCAGAACUAUGUAUACAACUUCCACCCCAGAGAGUCAAGUUCAAGAGUAAGCAUCACGGAGCAAGUACUCUUGUAUUUACGACCACAUUAGUGGUCAAGUUACUCUGUCCAUCGCGCAAUCUAUCAAUGCUAGAUCUGCGCAGUUCUCCACAAAAUUGACCACUGAAGGACUUACUGAGCCUGGAAUUGUGACACAAGUCAUGGUCCCGCUAAUUCGAGGUGAACAGUCUAGACCACAUUAUCUACGAUGAUUGAAUGCAAAUCGGCAGGGAUUUGAUUUUAGAAUCAGGUAGAUAGAUCUUAGUAAAGGCCAGUUGUAUAAUCUUGCCUUCUGCAAUGCUACAGUGACGCUACUUGUUUAAAACAGCUGGCACUCCAGAUCUUUUUUUUAACCUUUGGUAGGCCCGUUUGUAGGCUCAAUAUGAAUUCAAAUGUGAUGUAGUGUAUCGUAUGCCGCGGUAAAUUGCAAGCAAUAAGUUAAUAUAAAUGCUAAAAC